AUGGCACAGAAACUGGCUAUUCAAGGUCCUGAUUCCAAGAAGAACUUGUCUCUUCCUAAAGAGGGAUGGGAUUUCGAGAAAAUUGAGGCGGAAUUGGAGGACCUUCGCAACUUGGACCAUACGAGAUGGGAGGACGGUCGAGUCAGCGGUGCAGUGUAUCACGGGGGCAACGAGCUGCUAGAGAUGCAAACUAAAGCUAUCGGCAAAUUCAGCGUCUCAAAUCCCAUUCAUCCGGAUGUCUUUCCAGGAGUCAGAAAGAUGGAAGCGGAAAUAGUGGCAAUGGCGAUUCAGAUCCUAACUGCCUUUAAUGGGCCCGAAGAUGGCGCAGGCGUAACAACAAGCGGUGGCACAGAAUCUAUCAUUAUGGCAUGCCUAGCAGCUCGGGAGAAGGCAGCAGCUGAGCGCGGUAUCAUAAGUCCGGAGAUGAUCAUUCCAAGUACCGCUCAUGCGGCAUUUCACAAGGCUGCCAAGUAUUUCAAAAUCAAGUUGCACCUGGUUUCAUGUCCGGCUCCUGAAUACCAAGCAUCUGUUCCCGAGAUUCGCCGACUGAUCAAUCGAAACACGGUGCUCCUAGCUGCGUCUGCACCAAACUACCCGCACGGCAUUAUCGAUGAUAUCCCAGAGAUUUCACGAUUGGCAACUGAAUAUGGCAUUCCACUACAUGUUGAUUGUUGUUUGGGAUCGCUUAUUGUUGCCUUCUUGAAAAAGUCGGGUUUCCCAUCCCCGUACGAAAAAGAGGGUGGCUUUGAUUUCCGACAACCCGGUGUCACCAGUAUCAGCGUUGACACCCACAAAUAUGCCUUUGCUCCGAAGGGCAGUUCCGUUUUGUUGUAUCGCAAUCGAUCCUACCGAAACUAUCAAUACUUCCUGUUUCCUGAUUGGUCAGGUGGUGCGUAUGCUUCACCAUCUAUGGCGGGAUCUCGACCUGGUUCUUUGAUCGCAGGAGCCUGGGCUACACUUAUGAAAAUGGGGGAGGCUGGCUAUAUUAAUAGCUGCCGGCAGAUUGUGGGAGCUGCGAAGAAAUUUGAGACUACUAUACUCACCGACCCAGUCUUGAAGUCUCAUAUUGGGAUUAUUGGACAUCCCUUGGCUAGUGUCAUCGCCUUCACAAGCAAGAACGGCGAAAUCGAGACGUACGACAUCGCUGAUGCUAUGGAUGCUAGAGGGUGGCACCUGAAUGCUUUGCAGUCUCCACCUGCAAUUCAUUGUGCAUUCACUAUGCCCACGGCUAAAGCCGUUGAUGACCUCCUAUCUGAUUUGAUUGAGGUUAUCACGGAGAUAUUGCUUCGAAUUGAAGAGCGGAAAGAGAAGGGGGAGCAAAGCGUACGUCCGAGUGGAAAGAGCGCGGUGCUCUACGGAGUAGGGGGAAGCAUUGCGGAUAUGAAUGCGGUCUCUCAAUUUGCGGAAGGAUUUUUGGAUACGUUGUAUAAAGUUUAG